AUGGCCUCAAGUGUUGAUGCGAAGCUGCUGAGGCAGACCAAAUUCCCUCCUGAGUUCAAUCGGAAAGUUGACAUGACAAAGGUCAACAUUGAGGUUAUGAAGAAAUGGAUCGCCAGGCGCAUAUCGGAGAUUUUAGGCAAUGAAGAUGACGUUGUUAUUGAGAUGUGCUUUGGGCACUUGGAGGGACCACGCUAUCCCGAUAUCAAAUCCCUCCAGAUCCAGCUCACUGGAUUUCUUGAUAAAGAUACCCCCAAGUUCUGCCAAGAGCUGUGGUCAUUGUGCCUGAGCGGUCAAGCCAAUCCGCAGGGUGUUCCGAAAGAGCUUCUAGAAGCUAAGAAGCUAGAGCUCAUACAAGAAAAGCUCGAUGCCGAGAAAGCUGCCGAAGCUUCGCGCCGCCAGAAGGAACAAGAGCAAAACCAUAUGGUGGAAGAGGUGGUGGCCGUGGAGGCCGAGACUUUGACAGGCGAUCUCCCCCUCCCAGAGACCGGGACUAUGAUCGUUACCGUGAAGCUGGGUCCCGGCGUGACUUCGACUCGUACGUUCCACCCAAUAACCGCCGUGGUCGUCGCCCAUCUGGUACCUCCGCGCAAUCUCGCUCUCGAUCCCCGCAACACUCACCCUCUCGCCGCGAACGUGAUGCGCCACGCCAGAGACCCCGCGAACGCCGUCGCCGUUCCCCCAGCAAUUCAGCCUCCCCAGACCGACGCAGACGUGGAGGACCGCGAAGGCGCAGUCCGGACUACGGUGACCGUGCUAGAUCCAUUACCCGCAGCCAUGCAUCCCGCUCACGUUCCCCCAGAGGAGACCGCCGCAGACGAGACGCCUCUCGCUCCCGAUCUCUAUCUCGCUCCCGCCUUGCAGACAGGUCAAACAGGACCCGCGACCGCGACCCUCGCCGACUGA